GGGACGGGAGUCGCCGCAGCCGCGCAGACAGCGCCCGCCCGUGCCGCAGCCGCCAGGCCCCCCGCGCGCUGCCACCUGCCCCGGCCCCCGAGCCCCCGCCACGAUGCGCGCGGCGCCGGCGCUCCCCGCGCUGCUGCCGCUGCUGCUGUUGCUGCUGCUGCCGCUGCUGCGGCCGGCGCUCGCCCAGGACGCCGCAGGAGAGGUCCAGCCUGUGGACCCACCGAAGAGCACGGCCACCUCUGCGGCCCCGGGCCAGGAAGUGACGACCACGGCGGCGCCCGCGGCGGCCAGCACUGCUGCAGUGACCGCGGCGGCUCCCAGCGCCGGCGCCCAGACGGACAAGGGUGCUCUGGGCGCUGAGCCCGAGGGCGCUGCGGAGAGGGACCCCGACCCGGCCGCCGCGGUGGCCCCGACCACCGUCCAAGGGAGCUCGGCGCCCGCCCCCGCGCCCAGCGACAGCGCGUCCGUGGGAGCCCCCGCAGGGGACGCAGGGGCCACUACCGCGUCCACCCAGCCCAGCCCGGCCGCAGAGCCUGAGCUGCCCACGGACAAAGCCCCCGCCGCCGCCAGCAGCUCGCCCGCCGUCCCCGACGCCGCCCCCCAGGGCCCAGACCCGGCUGUGCAGGCGGCGUCCAGUCCGGUGCCCACCAAGCCGGCCCCCACCGGCGCCCAGGACGGGGCCCCGGGCGCGACCACAGACUCGGCCCCGGAAGCGGGAAAGCCGGCGACGUCGCCCCCCGCAGGAGCGAGCCACCCGGCCAGCACGGCCUCUGCGCCACCCGCCUCCCCCAGCCCGGCCGCCGCCACCGACUCCGGGGCCCCCGGCAGCACGCCCCGGGAUGGGGACCAGAGGACGGUGACACCCAGUGGCCUCAGCCCUGCGGCGGGCUCCACCUCCGUGCCUGCGGGGUCACCUUCCACAGCGAGUACGGUGCCACCGGGCGUGAUCCCGGGACAUGAGCCAGAUGCCAGCCAGAAGCCUGAGGUCACUGAGACCCCAGCACUGUCCACAGGGAGCACCUCCCCGGACACGGUGCAGCCCACGGACAGUUCCGCCAGCCCGAUUGCUGAGUCCUCCACGGUAGUGGCUGCAGACUCCAGUGCUCCCGUCACGUCUUCCGCCCCCCACGAAAUCCACCCCUCUCCCACCGCAACUCCAGGGAGCAGCAGGGAUUUUUUUGAGAUACACUGUGAACCGCCGGAAAGGUUCUCGGAGAAGAUGCUGGUCCUCAACUUCACCAAAACAGGACUGUGUGCCGGGAGCCCUCCUGAUGACAAGCUGGCGACGCUUCUGUGCCAAGCGGCCAAAGCCACCUUCAACCCGGCGCACGACCAGUGCCACAUCUGGCUGGCCCCCGUCCCGGAAAUCCAGGCGCUGGCCGUCAAAGAGAUCACCAUUCAGACCAACCUCCUUCCCCAGGACGUGUAUGAGUCGCUGAGAGACAAAUGGGAUGCCCUGAAGGAGGUGGGCGUCAGCAACAUGCAGCUGGGGGAGCAGGGCCCCCCCGAGGAGGCGGAGGACCGGUUCAGCAUGCCGCUCAUCAUCACCAUCAUCUGCAUGGCGUCCUUCCUGCUCCUCGUCGCCGCUCUCUAUGGCUGCUGCCACCAGCGCCUCGCGCAGAGGAAGGACCAGCAACGGCUCACAGAGGAGCUGCAGACCGUGGAGAACGGCUACCACGACAACCCCACCCUGGAAGUGAUGGAGACGUCGUCGGAGAUGCAGGAGAAGAAGGUGGUCGGCCUGAAUGGGGAGCUGGGGGACAGCUGGAUCGUGCCCCUGGACAACCUCACCAAGGACGACCUGGACGAGGAGGAGGACACGCACCUCUAAGCGGCGUGGACAGGGCCAGCGGGCUCCACGCCGAGCCACCUCAAGUGCCACUGGACAGGGGAGGGGACGCUUCCUCGCCGAGCCGAGGGGCAGGCCGGAGGGUCCCACCCUCCCCCCCGCCCCCUCCACCUCCCCAUGACGAGGCCUUAACUUUUCCCCUUUCUAGCUGAACACAUCGCGUUUUGUCUCGGUUCCUCUCCCGAGAGCCUGCCCGGGCCCAGAUGAGCUGGAGGGCUUUGGGCCGAUGGGUGGCAGCCUUCAGCACCCCCGUAACAGCCUGGGGCCCCCAGAGCGAGCCGCCGGGGUCACACUGGGUGAUGACAGUCAGGAUGAACACGGAAACCUUUGCAUUCCACCCAGGGCACAUUCCCAGGGGUCCAUGCGUCUGCCCUGUCCGGGCCGCCCCCGAGCGCGCCCCUGUCCCCUCUGUCAUUUAUCACGCUGUGGGCCCACCCUGGCUGGUGGGGGGCCAGGUCCGGGGGCUCACCUCCAACACCAUGCUCUGCCUUCCGCUUUCCUCACAUUGUUCUAGGAUGAAAAGGGCUUGGGUGGGGGUGGGGGCUCCACCUGUCAGUGAAGGGUGGGGAGGACCAUGAGGAAUGGGUCCUCAUCCUUCACUCAAACCCGGGGGUGGCACCCCCAAGGUCAGCAGCCGUCACCCAAGGCCAAGGGCUUGCUUGUUGGUGGCUCACGGCCUGCCUGGCCACCGGGGGUGAAGAGGCAGCUCAGGGACACCCCCGGGGCCCCACCUGCGCAGGAAAGGCCUCGGUUAGAGGAUGACCCUCCCCCGGCCCCCCACGUCCACAGAGACGGGGUCUGGACAGACAAUCCACGGGGCGGCAGGAAGGGCCUGGCUGUGGCAGUUCCCGGGGGCUCUCAGGGACUUGGCGGCUGGCUGAGGGUUUUGUUGCUCAUCCCUGUGGCCUGGAGGAGGCGUCUGUUUGCAGCUGAUCCUGGCUCUCCUGGGCUAGGGGAGGGGGCGGGGGGGGGGGGCCUGGCGGCCUGCCGCCUCUCCCCUGCGGCCUACCAUGGAGCUCGGCAGCUGUGUCCUCUCCGGGGUUCCAGCCAUCCGGGUGGCAUCUCAGGGAAACCAGAUCCCCACUGCGCCCCCCCCGCCCCCCCCUCUACCUUCCCCCCCCCCCCCAGGGGCCCGGCAGGCAGAGGGCUCAGAGGGGCAGCCGAGCGUGGGAGAAUGAAAGCUCAGGCCUGGAGGCAGCACCCCGGCGGGCUCGGGCUCUGAGACUCGUUUCUCUGUGACGGCGGUCUGUGGCGUCCGCGGCCACCGCCGGCUGCCUGGACGUCACGCAUCUCUGCCCACCUGUCUGUCUAGAGAGAUGCAAGUGUUCCGACUCGCUGGAUCUGGCGGGUGGGCGUGGGGGUGGGGGGGAAUAUCUGCCUCCUGGGGGAGAGCUGUUUGCUUCCUCCUGCCCAGCUCUGGGUCACUCUGCCCAGGGGGCCACUGUCCCUCCGGCCAGGCGUGUCGGGGCAACGGGUCUGUCCCUGCCAAGAAGCAAAUCAAAUGCUGUGACCCUGGUGUCCUCUCGUGGGAAGAGGAGGGCAGUGGGCAGGAGGGAUGGUGUUGGGCCGGGAGGCGUGGCCGUGGGGCUAUCCACGGAGAGCCCCAAGACAGCGGGGGCUCAUUCAGGGGCGGCCUCUUGGUGCCCCCCCACCCCCCCGCCCUCAUGCCUUUGCGGGCCAUUCCGGACUCCUGCCCACGCCUGGUCUUGCUCAGACACCUUUGGCUAGCCACGCCCCCCGGCCCCCCAGCGGGGAUGCGCCCUUGGCUGGAGCCCUGGGCCUGUGUCCACGCCGGUUUGGUCCAGCCGAGACGUGAGUCCUUUCUCGCCCCCCCCCCCCCCACCCCUCAAUAAGGAAAGCAAGCAGAACGUUUAUUCCAACCGUUUCUAGAGCUUUAUCCUUUUUUUUUUUUUUUUGACAAUAUACUGGAGAAACUUGGAAACAUUAUGUUCAAGCUGAUCUAUCUAUAUAUAUAUGUACACAUGGUUCUGGGGAUAAUGUAAAUACAGUGGCCAUGCCCUGGUCCGCCCUGCACUGCUUUAAAUGAAUCUUCUUGGCACAAGCCUUGUUAGCUAGGGGAGGCGGUUCCUCCACCCCCACCCCCUCUCUGAUAGGAAUGUAAAUGUUUCUUUUACUAGAAAUGACAAGUUUGGGGCUGUGUGAUUUUUUUUUCCCCUUUUCUUUGACGAACCAUAAAGUAUCAGGCAGAUUGAGAUCAAGUCUCUGUCCAGCGGAUCUUAACCCGGAUCUUGACUCCCACCCCCACCCCGCCCUGGCCCCAGGGAGCGUGUUUCAGCGACCACCACCUUUUACAGAAAAGGAAGUCCAGAAAGAUAAGGGGGACUUAGUCCAAAUCUGUCACCCAUGACGACAGAAGCAGGACUAAAACAUGGGGUGCAAACACCGUGCAGAGCCGGGUGCUGGCAGGGACACUGGCCCCAGGCAGCCGGGCUGGGGCAGCGAGGGCAAGAGGACAGCAUCCUUUCUCCGCCCUGGUGGCCUCCUGUGGACUGCGGGCGUCCCUCCUGGGCGGGGGCAGGCCCCGGGGUCAGCCUGGGGAGCGCGAGCGACCUUCGUCCGCGCUGCUGCUGGUGUGCCCGGAGACUGCGGGGGACCCCCGCUGGACUGAGGCCACGGGCCUGUGUGACUGAGUGAAUGUGGAGGCUGCCCAGCACGUGUCUUAGUGGACAGGGGUCUGAAGUACACUGGAAUUUACUGAGAAACUUAUUUGUAAAGACUAAUUAUUGCCAUUUUCUUACGGAAAUAUAUUUUGGAAACUUG